AUGCCCAACACUACCGUCAUAUUUGAACCGUACACGAAUAUCGAGGUCGUCGGCGUUGGUUUUCUCGUAGCAGCAGGGGCCCUAUCGCUUCUUACAGCUGGGUGCCUUUUCCUCUUUAUUCUCUUCAAAAUCUGCACAGUCAGAGACGCAGCCGAUGGCAGCUUCUUCCGGAAUCCUCUUGCAGUCUACUUUGCUUGUCUUCUUUUCAGCGACGUGAUUGAAGGCGUCUCGUCUGUGAUCAACGCUUCUUGGGUGACCCAUCGCGGUAUAGAACAAAGCAGCCUCUGUGUAGCUCAGGCGGCACUCAAGCAGGCGGGUCACCUGGGUACGGCGUUCUGGUCUCUGGUCAUCGCCUGCCAGACCUUUGUCGUCCUCUUCUACGGCAUCAGGAGCGAGAAGUGGGUCACGUACACUACCUUGAUUGGCGUUUGGCUCCUCGUCCUCUUGCUUAUGCUCCUUGGGCCUUUGGCUAUUGCCAAACCGGCGCAUGGCCCAUUCUGGGGAAUUAAGGGGUCAUGGUGCUGGAUUGAGGAUGGAUACCCAAUCGAAAGACACGUGCUCCAAUACACCUACCAGUUUGUCUCCGCGUUUGGGUCCAUGAUCCUCUAUACCCUCGUCGUCCUUCGCAUACGAGGAAAUAUCGUCGUCAAUGGAUGGCGGUUUUCUUUUCAACGACGCCGGCCACGCUCAAAGACCCCAGACUCGUCCACUCUCCAGCCAGCAUACUACACCCUCCACCGACGACAGCGCACGCACGACUCACAUGUCGUGACCAAUCUAUCCCAGCCCAACUCACAAGUUAUCAAAGUUGCCAAACACAUGAUGCUUUAUCCGAUCGCGUACAUGAUUCUAAUCCUCCCUCAUGCGACAACUCGCUUCAUGUACUUUGCUGGUCAUAGCAUCUCCCAUCUUACCAUGAUAUGCACCGCGACCCUGCUGAUGCUCAAUGGAUUUGUUGACACCGUCCUGUUCCUGACCACGCGACGUGUCCUCCCGGCCAAGAUGUUGUUCCCGAGGCGACUGCGCUCGUUUCUCGGCCUUUCGACCACCGAAGACGACGACAUCGAGUCGAAAGCUCAUAUCUCGUCGUCACGACCACAGAUGACAAUCCACGAUGGUACAGGCAUCCUCGUCAACAUCGAACGGAUAUCCGAUAGCGACGUACCUCAAUCCCCGGUGCGUGCGAAACUACACCGUGAAUCAUUACAUCUUCAUCACCAACAUCGACCGCUCGGACCAUACGAUAUGCUCACAACGACCUUGAGAGAUGGCCGUGAUGCAUCCGUAGGUCAUACACGCCCUUCACUUGAGUCUACAUGCUCAAUACAGGGUGGGGACAUGCUCAUGAGCAGAAAAAUCGCACGACCCAGCCUUCAUCGCCCGAAUAUGUCGACUGACACCGGGAUGGGUACCAUCUCUGACACAACGGUCGUGGGGGAUGGUAACGAGUCGAGAAAAGGUUCUUUUGAAAUAGCCCGUGCAGCACGGCUCCGUGGUCCGGCGGUGGUAGAGUUUGACUCUCCUCGGCCACAGACAACCGAAUCCUAUAUGCCCUCUCCGACAUCAUCGCCUGGCCUGGAACACGCCUCUGUGGGGUACCAAUACAGGGUCCACGGCCAUCCCUAUGCGUCUCCACAAGCGACGAAUCAGCAUAUGGGCAGAUACGAUUGA